GACGAUCACAGCCCAUCAAACUGCUUGAGGUUUAAAACACACAUAUCUUAACAUAUUGAAAAUGAAUGAGAAGAUAGGAAGAGAAGCUGAGGACAGCCAAAAGCGUAGGGAGCAGAGAGAGGAGGAGAGAAGGAUGAAGGCAGAGAAGACUGAUUUGAUCUUUGGUCUGGUGGAGGAGAGGAAAGCAGUAAGGGGUAAGGUGUUGGACACAACACUGAACCCUGGGAUUAGGAUUGAGAAAGCAGCCAGAUUAAGAAACAUCAGGUUGGGUCAGUCAGUCAGUGCCAGAGAAGAGAAGAAAGAAAAGGAGGAGGAUUUAGGUAUGAAUGAAGAUAAAUUGAAAGAAAAGCUUAGAUUGGAGAAGGAGGCCAGGGAUAGGGAGGAGGGGAAAAUAAAGGAGAAGGAAAGAAAGGAGCAGGCCAUAGUGAAGGAAACCAGGAUGAGGAAGAUCAUGUUGGAGGAGUUGGACAGGGUGAAAGAGGUGGAGAAGGAAAUGGAGGAGGAGAAAAGAACCAAAGAGGUUCUAUUGAAAGCAGCCAAGCAGAGGACUCUCAGGUUGGAGAAAGAGGCCAUGGUUAGAUGAACAGUGAACAUGGAGGAAAACAAAAGAAACCACAUGGUUAUUUUGGAAGAAGCCAGGCUGAGAAAGCUAAGGCAAAAGGAGGAGACCAGGCUUAGGGAAGAGGAGAAGAAAAGGGAGGAGGAGAAUAGAGAGAAAAUGGCUUCAGUGAAACUGGACUGGAGGAGAAAGCUCAUGUUGGAGAAGGCCAUGGUUAGAGAAGAGAGGAACAUUGAGGAGAAUAAAAGAAAGAGGGAGGUUCAAUUAAAAAAGUUCAAGAUGAAGACCAGGUUAAACCAGGAGGCCAGACUUAAAGAGGUGAAAAAGAUGGAGGAUGAGAGUAAAAGGAAGCUUUAUUGAAGAAGGCCAAGGUAACAACUCUGAUGUUGGAGGAGGAGGCCAAGUUGAGAAUGGAGGGGAGGAGAAGGAAAAAAGGGAGGCCAGGCUGAAGAAGCUCAGUUUAGAGGAGGAGGGUGUUGUUAAAGAGGAGGAAAAGAG